UUCUUUUUCUGGGAAAUUUGAAAAAUUGGACAUGAUUGAUGUGGACAUCACGUCUCUCUUCUAGACGUGUUCAAAGAUUUCAAAGGAACAAAGCCUUCAGCAUAUCCUAUCUUGUUUGGAGUUAUUAUUUAGAUAUUGUGGAUUACUUUAAAGGAUUGAGUGGCGUACAUGUGCUAUGGGAAGAAAGGGUAAACAGUGCAACUUCCGCGAUGGGUAAAGAACACUAUAUCUGGUUGACCACUAGGAGACAUAACUUUUCUAAAACUUUGAAAAGAAUGUGGUAUUUUGGUAGAAAGAUUUGGGGUUUUCUAUUUGUACUGUUCGUUUUUUGUUGGUAUGUAUCCUAUUUAGGGAAAAUAAUGCCUGCUGUAGACAAAACAAAGCACAGAGAAGUACCAAAGAAAGAAUGGGAAAGCAAGGAACCAUUCGCUGUACCGGAAUGGCAUCUUCCAUAUAUCAAUAACCAGCUUUUGCAGCUUCGGGCUCAAGGGAAGGAAGUGAAUGAAGACUUGGUGAAAAAAUUUUAUCAUUUGCCGCAUUCAGUUACUGAUGAGAUGGAAAACCCAUCAUUAGACAAUACACAGAAGCAUGAUGCAGAAUCUUUCAAAGAGACUAGGCCAAACAACCAAAUGAAUUCUAAAAUACCAACGGAGCAGAAGAACAAACUCAUGCAAGACAAGGCUGUACCUGUUAGUCAGCACAAGAAAUCUUCAUCCUCAGAACCAAGGAAUUCGAAGAAUGGACUAAAAAUUCCUAAAACUCAUAUCCCAGUUUCUCCAGUCCCUAGGACAGUAAUCAAGUCACUCAAGUCGCUCGUGGAUAGAUAUUUGGAGCCAUUUCUAGGCGGUAUCUCUAAAGAACAAUAUAUGGAAGUCCUCCAGAGAAAUACUUAUGCAGUUACACCAAAAGGAGCAAACAAGGGCGUUUCUUGUGUCUUAAUACAAAUCGUGGAUCAUGAAAUUUACGUCUUGGAUCCUUACCAAAUUACUAUUUCGGGAAAGGAUCUGUAUAAGAAUCGAUUGGAGCAAGCUCUUGUUUUGAUACAGAAGCUUGUAGAAAAAAAGUCUCUUCCUAAUGUUGAAUUUGUGUUAUCUUUACAUGACUGCGUUCAGACAGUAUCCAAACCUCAUCAUUACAGAGUUGCUAAACAUAUCGAAAGUCGUCCUAUUUUUACGUUGAUUCAUUGUAACUUUUCGGAUAACUUGCCGUUUCCAAUGCUGGAGGGAUCUUCUCAUCGAGGGGAUUGGAAAUCUUGGGACAUGAGUUACUCCAUUCCUUGGACCCAGAAGACUGAUAAAGCAGUAUUCCGAGGUGGUAUUCGUGAUAGUUCCUAUUUCGAGUCGAGAGAAGAAGCUCAAAGAAAAUGUAUGGAUGCUGGAAGAGGAAAAUUGAUUCAAUUGCAAGAGAAAAGACAAGACUUAUUCAAUAUUUCUGUUAGUGGACGCUGCUUGAAAUCCUAUAUUUUAAAGAGGCUGUCAUUUGAACAGCAAGUAAGUAGCAUGACUAGAAUUUUAGUAGCAUUCGAUGACGCAAACUUGAAGCAACACUUCAAAUACAAUAUCUAUGCAGAAGGCAACUGUUUUUGGGCAGAUCGACUGGCAAAGCAAUUGUUUGCAUCAUUUGUUACUAUUAAGCAAGACACUCCUUGUGGACUCUACUUUGAACCUCUCUUACAACCAAUGACUCAUUACAUUCCUACAGAUUACUUCUUCAAUGACUUGAUUGAGAAAAUAGAAUGGGCACAAGCUCAUGAUGCUCAAGUGAAACAAAUCAUGCAACAAGCCAAUCAAUGGGCAUCCCAAUAUUUGUCCUUUUCAGCGGUGUUGACUUUUUGUCCAUAGAGAAGCCAUUAAAGUGCUUUUCGAAUAA